GGGAGGAUGUGAGCUCACUCCGCCUCGCGGCUCUGGCUCCACCAGGAAGCGUCUCUGAGGUCGCGGCCCGCUCGCUGCCAACGGGCCGGCUGCGGGGUCAGCAGCGCGCCGAGCCCCAGCCGGAGCCGCCUCCAUCCCCGCCGGCGCCAGCGCAGGACCCCCUGGGAGCAGGUAUGGAGUGAAGGCGGGCGGCGGCGCGGCCACAGCGGCGCCGCGCUCCUGGACCCGCGCAGCCCGGGCGGCGGGUCGCGGCAGAGCGGGGGGCGCACGCCCCGCCCCCGCGCUUCCGCCGCCACGUGACCGCGCCACGUGCUCCGGCGCCGCGGGUCGCCACCUCGGCCCGGCCGCCCCCAGCCGCCGCCCGCCCCCGGCGACGCGGGCCGGGCGGGGAAGCCGGUAGCCCCGGGGAGCGGGGAGACUCGGCGCCGGCGAGCGGAGCGGAGCAGCGGCCCCGGGCGGACCGGCGGCGGCCUCGCCAUGAACCCCAGGGGCCUGUUCCAGGACUUCAACCCCAGUAAGUUCCUCAUCUACGCCUGCCUGCUGCUCUUCUCCGUGCUGCUGCCCCUGCGCCUGGACGGCGUCAUCCAGUGGAGCUACUGGGCCGUCUUCGCCCCCAUAUGGCUGUGGAAGCUGCUGGUCAUCGCGGGCGCCUCGGUGGGCGCGGGCGUGUGGGCCCGGAACCCCCGUUACCGCACCGAGGGGGAGACCUGCGUGGAGUUCAAGGCCAUGCUCAUCGCCGUGGGCAUCCACCUGCUGCUGCUCAUGUUCGAGGUCCUGGUGUGCGACCGGGUGGAGCGGGGCACCCACUUCUGGCUGCUGGUCUUCAUGCCGCUCUUCUUCGUCUCCCCCGUGUCCGUGGCCGCCUGCGUGUGGGGCUUCCGGCACGAUCGGUCCCUGGAGCUGGAGAUCCUGUGCUCCGUCAACAUCCUGCAGUUCAUCUUCAUCGCCCUGCGGCUGGACAGGAUCAUCCACUGGCCCUGGCUGGUGGUGUUCGUGCCCCUCUGGAUCCUCAUGUCCUUCCUCUGCCUGGUGGUCCUCUACUACAUCGUCUGGUCCCUCCUGUUCCUGCGGUCCCUGGACGUGGUGGCCGAGCAGCGGAGAACGCACGUGACCAUGGCCAUCAGCUGGGUCACCAUUGUCGUGCCGCUGCUCACGUUUGAGGUCCUGCUGGUCCACAGACUGGAUGGCCACAACACGUUCUCUUACAUCUCCAUCUUUGUCCCGCUCUGGCUUUCCUUAAUAACCUUGAUGGCCACGACCUUUCGGCGGAAGGGGGGCAACCACUGGUGGUUUGGUAUUCGCAGAGAUUUCUGUCAGUUUCUGCUGGAAAUCUUCCCGUUUUUGAGAGAAUAUGGGAACAUUUCAUACGACCUCCAUCAUGAAGAUAGCGAAGAUCCCGAAGAAACGUCGGUUCCAGAUGCUCCUAAAAUUGCUCCAAUAUUUGGCAAGAAAGCCAGGGUAGUUAUAACCCAGAGCCCUGGGAAAUACGUUCCCCCACCCCCCAAGUUAAAUAUCGAUAUGCCAGAUUAAACCCCUCUGGGGGGGUGUCCAUGAAUACGUAGAAACCAUACAUAACACACCCAAAGCCUGCCUACCUUUUGCCUCUUUUUCAUCCAUCCCAAUCCCACAACUGAAAACAGGCUCCAAACACCGUCAUCUCAUGCCUUGAGAUGGAUGCCCGUUGGGGACUCACAGUGUAUGCCAUGGGUAGGGGGUUAUUGGAAAUACGGUGACACGUAUGGUGUGUGACGUGUGAGAAAACUUGCUUCCCUGAUUGGUGCUUGAAGAGCCCAUGGGGAGCAGUAAGUUAACUUGUUUUAGUAGGUCCUCAAGUGGGAUAAUCACACAGCUAAGGCUUUUUUAAAGGGGUACUACACCUAUCAAACGUAUUGUUAUAAAAAGUAUUUUUAUACACUGCUAGCCUAAAAUUGUAUUUCAGAUUGUGCCUCUUGGGACAAAAUUGAAAGCAAAUGUAAAUGCUUCUCUCUCCCAUUAGCUGUUUAUAAACCUCAUGGUUGUUAUUUUUAGUGUUCCUACUGUUAAAGUCGUUUUUUCUUUGGAGUUUAUUGAUACUAGUCUUUGAUAGCCUACUAGAUGAAAUAGUUUAAUGCAGUGAGUCCAUGUAUAUGAUAUUUAUAUGACUAUUUUAGCACUGUAAUGUGUUGAAUUCUAGUUCUAUGCAGUACAACGUGUUAUGUUAAAGUAUUUUUUAAGUUUAUAUUUAAAGAUACAUGUCUAUUGUGAUAUUCUUAAAGAUUGCUUAAACCAUCAAUAUGUACCCAAUGUGGGAUCUAUCAAAGUACCAGGCGUGAACAUAGGGGUUUAAAAUCCCAAGGAUCUUAAUACUCAGGCGUUAGGUGACCCAAUCUCUACAGUUUUAAAUUCUCUCUCAGAACAAGUGACAUGCUCCAGUGUAGCACCAGAUCAUAAGGUGACAAUUAACACCUUGAAUUUCCCCACACAGGUAGUAACAACUGUUCAGAAACUCCCGAAGUAAGCAAGUGGUUGGUCCAUUUCUAAGAAUUUUACAGUAUUCAUCGACCAUAAAGUAUUGCUUGUCAUUGAAAGCUUGAGACAGUGGCUUCAACCAGAAAUGGCCAACAGGAUCACAGUAAUAAGGUCUAAAUUUUUUGAUCUAUCAGCACAGAGAAGUAAUUUUUCAGGUUAAAGAAAGCAUAAUAUUUCUGUAAGUACGGGUGAUGUACCAGAGAAUCAGAAGGCAAAAGCCAGAUCCUGGGAGCGUAAUGUUGUGACUGAGAACAAGUAAAUACUUUCAGAAGGAGGUAAAAUAAAGAUGAGUAUUGGUAAUAUUACUGGGGAGAAGACUGGAGGAAAUUCAUUUUUAUUAGCACCUUAGUAAAAAUCAAAAUUGUGCUUCCUGUGAAUUAUGUAACUGAGUUACCUGGUGAGGGGACAUGUUUGCUACAAAAGCCGACCCUGGGACCCUGGGCACCUGAAGCCUGAGGCUCCACAGCUCAGCUCAGUCAGCCAGACCUGAGCCCAGGCCGCCUGCAUGCUCACGCUGUCCGUUCACACCAGCUGUCCAUGUGGGAAGCGGGCCUGGGCAGCAGUGGAUCUAACAUCGUAAGCAAGGAUUCAUUCAUUCCUUUUUUCAGAUAUUCAUUGAGGACCUACCUACCUACCUACUCUGGUGUUAGGAAGUGCAGAUACGGUGGAGAGCUGUUCAAAUCUGGCUGCCACAUGCACUAAGGAUGCAAUUAGAAGCGACAAGAAAGUAGGGCUCAUUUGGCAGCUGACCUGUGGGAGGUGACAGGCCAAGAGCAGGCAUGCAAAGCGCGCAGAAGGACGCUGCUGCCCCGGGGGUGAUCUUCACCCGGAACUGCAGUCCCAUUUUUGUUUUCCGGACCCCAGUGUCCCCUGAUUGAUCUUCCAUCCCCAGGUAAUAUCUCUGACAUGGACCUCAGUAAGGUCGAGGAGUGGAGGACAGGUUUCUGGAGAGAUCUGAGGGCAGACGUGGGGGCAACAGUGGGAUUCCCAGUCCCUCCUGACUACAGUGUCAGGCCAGGGGCUGGUUGGGAUCUAGAACAAUCUCUCUGAACCUGACCUGCCUUACCUGCUCUACCCCAAGGUGGCUUCCUGUUGGAGAGCCUGUGCCUGAGGGUAAUUGCAAGCCUUCUCCGGCAGCUGGGUCAUCCGGGGUCAGGCCUCUCUCCUGCUUCAGGACCAUUGAGUAACCUGGGAGUGAUGUGUUGAAGAGAGUUGUUUAGUCUGCAAAUUUACAGUCUCAGCUGUGCCUGGGGAUUGACCUAAUUGCCACGCACCUCUGACUGUUCACAGUAUUUAGCAUGUGUCAGAUUCUGUAACUGGUUUCUCUUGUACUAGUUAUAUUUGUAUUAUGACUACAUAUUAGUCAUAUUUUGCGGGAAAAUAUCCUCAAAAAUGUCAGUGGCCCACAGUGACAAACUCUCACGCUAGGUCUGCAGGGUGGCUGCAGCAGUUGGGCUGCAGGCUGUGGGUCUGGCCUCGGCCUCCACAGGCAUCCCUGACUCGAGUCCAGGUCCCAGGCAAAGGGGCAGCAUUCCUGGGGGCAUGCUCUUUCCCGCAGAAGCACAAGAGGCCUAGCCAAACCCUGCAGGCAAAGAUGGAGCCCUGCUCCCAGGUGAUGUGUGUCAAGUGCGUGCAUUUUGGCCAAAGCAAAGGCCAAGGCCAACCUCGGUAGAGUGGGACAGUACAAACCCAAGGCACAGAUGUAGUCUGCACAGAUGUUGCAAGAUUGUUUUAAAGAUGGAAGAAAAAGUUUGUGGUUGGUUAUGAAUGAUUUUCCCCGUUUUACAAGCAUCCUUUAUUCUGGAAGUGAAUUGAUUCGUGCUGUAAUAAUCAUUAGAAGAGUAGCCGUGAGGCCCGGGGGUAGGUUUGAAAUGAGAGAAGGAAGACCCUGCAUUCAGUCCCCUUUGUAGACAGGAAGGUACAGGAGGCACCACACCAGUUUCAUGGCGGUGCUGUGCCCAGGGCUUGCAGGAUGGAGGGCUUGCAAGAUGACUUAAAAGGGCAAGCCUGGGCACAGGGACACCAGCUGGGCAGAGGCGCCCCGGGAAACGGAAGCAGCAGUCUGGACAGGCCGGGCAGCACCCUAAAUGAGGAAGGGAGGCCUCAGCCCGCCCUCCCCAGGGUCCGGGUGGCACACAACAGGCCCAGCUUAAGUACGCUGUCAGGGGGUCCGGGUGGCUCAGACCGAGAGGAAGUCGGGUCCUGCUCAGCGAGCACAGGGAUGGAGAGACGUGCAGCCAGGCCAGGCCGUCCCUCGGAGACCAUUGGAGAGGAUGCCACAUGGCACUGCCACCUGAAUAGUAAGCACCCGGUGUCACCCGCCGCCAGGCAUUCCUCUGUAGUCGCGCCAAGCUUAGGUUCCCGGACGGGGGACAGGUUCCCGGACGGGGGACAUGACUGGGAAGCCUCAGGAAUGCGUUCGUGCUGCAGCUUCUGGAGCACGGGGAGAGAGGAUCUGGCGUCUCUGGCUCCGGGGGAGGCAGGACUCUACGGAACAUGCUCAGCAGAGGAUUUUCAAUAAAGGAGGGUGUCCAGAUGCUGGGUAACCACAGACAAGGACGGAGUGUGCUACCCUGAGCCCCUUGGCUGGCUGGAUGCUAUGUGUGUCACAUGUCAAAAAUCUUGGCCCACCCAGUGUGCUACAGCUGGCCUGUGACAGCAGGCUUGUCCCUUCCUGAAGGGAGAAGGGAGACAAUCCGAGCUGCUUCAUCAACUACUUCACCCAACUCCUGACCGAGGACGUUCAGAGGGGCCUCCCUCCGGCUUUGUCCUGGUCCUCGCUGUGUUCUAGAAUGUGUACGUUAACGCUAACUGCCACCGCACGCCGCCUGUGCGGGCCAAGGACCUGGGAGGCCACACAGCCCUCCCCCAACUCCGCUUGGCAGGAGCUGACCUUUGUAUUUACCGACGAGGACAUGGGCAGACAGUGCAACCCCCGUCAGCCAGACGUGACAGCUUCGCAGAGAUGCACACCAAUGCCACUCUUCCGCUCACUGCUUUUGUUUUUGAAAGUUUGGCUUUUAAAUUUUAUAUAAAGUGACUAUGUAAUAGAUUGUUUUUAAAUGAGGUAAUACGUUUUUUAAGGUUA